UAGCUUGGCAGGGAAACCAGCGGCGCGAGCAAACAGGUCCCCCCACCCCCGCACUUGUUCCUUGUGCCUGUCCCUGCCCGGGUGCUCCGGGGCGGGCUGCCCCCUCCCCGCCAGCGGCUGGGGUCUCUCCUCUGGACAAGGCACUGAGUGAGUGACGGGGGACGCGGCCAGGCUUGAAGAAUGGCAUGCAAAGAUGGUUUCUGCCAAGGAGCUAGUGAUCGCGAUGUCCUCGGGUCUCUCCAUCACCCUCCUGCACUUCCUGUGCCUGGCGACCUGCGUCACCGAGCCCCCGGGACAGAUCAAAAAGGAGGAGAAAUUAUGGCCGGAGAAUUUUACAAGCAUCCUGAACAGUCUCCUGGAUGGUUAUGACAACAGGCUGCGUCCUGGAUUUGGGGGUCCUGUUACUGAAGUCAAAACAGAUAUAUAUGUCACCAGUUUUGGACCUGUUUCCGAUGUAGAAAUGGAGUACACAAUGGAUGUCUUCUUUCGUCAGACAUGGGUGGACAAAAGAUUAAAAUAUGAUGGUCCCAUUGAAAUUUUAAGACUUAAUAACAUGAUGGUUUCGAAAGUGUGGACACCUGACACUUUUUUCAGAAAUGGGAAAAAAUCCGUUUCGCAUAAUAUGACAGCCCCAAAUAAACUUUUUAGAAUAAUGAGAAAUGGCACCAUCUUAUACACAAUGAGGCUUACCAUAAGUGCAGAAUGUCCCAUGAGAUUAGUGGAUUUUCCAAUGGAUGGUCAUGCUUGUCCUCUCAAAUUUGGGAGUUAUGCAUAUCCAAAGAGUGAAAUGAUUUACACCUGGACAAAAGGACCUGAGCAAUCUGUGGAAGUUCCUGAAGAGUCUUCCAGUUUAGUUCAGUAUGACCUGCUUGGGCAUACUGUGUCCACUGAAACUGUUAAAUCUAUUACAGGUGAAUAUGUUGUUAUGACAGUUUACUUCCACCUCAGACGGAAAAUGGGUUAUUUUAUGAUUCAGACAUAUAUCCCAUGCAUUAUGACUGUGAUCCUCUCGCAAGUGUCAUUUUGGAUAAAUAAGGAAUCUGUUCCAGCUAGAACCGUAUUUGGAAUAACGACAGUUUUGACAAUGACAACAUUGAGCAUCAGUGCAAGGCAUUCAUUGCCAAAAGUAUCCUAUGCCACUGCCAUGGACUGGUUCAUAGCUGUCUGCUUUGCCUUUGUGUUCUCUGCUCUUAUUGAGUUUGCUGCUGUCAACUAUUUUACUAACGUUCAAAUGGAAAAGGCCAAAAGGAAGACAGUGAAAUCUCUCCUUGAAUUUCCAGUCAUGCCAGUGAAGCGAGAACAGUGCACAGAAGAGGCACUCAUGGCUACAGAUGCCAAUUCAAAUGUGAGGAAAAGAACAAACGCCAUGGCACAGUCAGAGGCCGAUGGUGGGAACCGAACUGACACAGCAAACAGUUCCAUCCAACCUUCUGUGGUAACUCAGGGGUCUUCUGACAUUACACCCCAGUCUCUUUCAGCAUCAAGUCCAAACCCGUUCAGUCGCCUCAAUGUAUCAGAAACAUUGUCUUCUGCAAGAGCUACUCCUCCAGCUCCUCCCUCCACCCCAAUUUUAACUGGAUGCAUAACACAGCAUGCCACAGCUGGAUCCCCAUCCAUUCAUCAUUUACUUGGAUCUAGACUGGAGCAGAUUCAGACCACAGCUAAUACGAUGGGAGCAUCUGUAAAGCUGUCUGCUAUCUCUCCGUCUCCUGCUCCCCCUGCUUCCAGCUCUGGCACUAGUAAGAUAGACAAAUAUGCACGCAUUCUAUUUCCUGUCACAUUUGGAGCAUUUAACAUGGUCUACUGGGUAGUGUAUCUAUCCAAGGAUACCAUGGAAAAAUCAGAAAGUCUAAUGUAGUUUUGCUGCUAUGUAGUAGUUUCCUUAAUUAUUAUAACACAUUUGUUGCAGGGUUCCUUCUUUUAAAACUUUUUUUUUUUUUUUUUAAAGAGACCAUUAAUUCCUACGUUACUAGGCUCUGUGCUAGGUUCCCACUGCAAAGAACAAGUUUAUUGGGACAAUUAACUAACUCAUCGCUGAAUAAAGGGUAAGAAAUUGGCUUCUCUCUCCCAAAUAGGUACACAGAACAGGGCCGGCUCCAGGCACCAGCUUGGCAAGCAGGUGCUUGGGGCAGCCACUCCGGAGAAGGGCGGCAGGUCCAGCUAUUUGGCGGCAAUUCGGCAGAUGGUCCCUCACUCCCGCUCGGAGCAAAGGACCUUCCGCCUUAAUUGUUGCUGCAA